AUGGAGCAGGUUCCUUCGGAGCUAGGAAGAAAAUCUGGAUAUCGCAGCUAUGUUGUAUUCAUUAAUUGUGGAGGGGCCGACCACAUUGAAGAAACCAGAUACGAAAUCAAGGCCAUUGGUUACAGCUCGGGCGCUUUGGCACUUGAGGACAACAAAAUCUAUUUUCUUCGAGGCCUAUUCUUUCCCACUAACACAAUCCAAACGACCAUGGAUCAAUUUUACUUCGAAGGAUCUGACUACACUGUCGUUGGGUCCGCUGAAGAUUUCAAAGGCGACUUUAUUGACGGUGUGGGCGUCAGCGGUCUCGGAAUUGUAACAAAACUUGAGCUGAUCAUUGAAGAAUGUUGCAAGAACUUACGUGACAAGGACAACACUGAGGACCCAAAAACUCUUGUGGUCACCGUGAAACACACGGACUAUCACCCAACAAUUAAACCCGCGCCAACUUUUUAUGUUGAAUAUCGUGUGCGACCCCAUAAAUACCUUGCGGGUAUUCCAAGAUUGCUCAAGCUUGGUCGCGAGACCAUGUUUCACGGGUAUCUCAAAGAUUUUAACGAAGAAACACGUUGCUACGUAGUCAUUGCAAACCGAGUUUCAACUACUUCGGGGCACCGUGACCCUAGCGAAUUUGAGAAAAAGGUUGUCAAAGCGGAGGAUAUGAUUGGUGGGUCAGGCCGUCCCAAGCCAAAAACAUUCACUCCAAAACCGGUCACGGCGCCUUUCAAGUCCCCAAUUAUCACACCAACCCCUGGAGCAAAUUUCCAAUCUGCCCCCGCGGACCACCCUACUGCCCCUAUGUCGGCUUCAGCUUCGAGCGGUGAAUCAGAUGAGGCUCUAUCCCAGGCCAUACCAAAGAAAAAGCGAGCAGCCCCCCCUGCUUCUAAAAAGCGGCCUCGGGCUCGUCCAGCAAGACAAACAUCCAGCAGCACUACUCUUGACUUAACGACUUGA